AUUUGAGAGACUCUCUACCUUCUCUCCUCUUUUCAACUGUUUUUUUUAGAGAGUUGGGGAGAGACAAUGCAGGUGCUCUCAGAUUCUGCUGAUCAUUUGAAUUUUCAAGUAAGAGACUGCGACUCAAAUUUCUGCUGCUCCGGCAAAGAUGGCUGAAAGUAACCGAAUCAAGUUACUGAAGCGUGGAAAUUGCUGCAUUUCUCACGAAUUCGUAGAUGCAGCCUCCAUAAACCCUGAUAAAAUCGCGGCGGUUCAUGCUUCGGGCUGGGCGGCAAGGAUUAAGCCGGAAUCGGAAUCGGAAUCAGUUAAACCCUGUGGUUCUCCGUCGUGCACACCGCCUGUUUACGACGGAGACAUAUGUUUCACGUUCGGCGAGGUAUCGUCAUCUAUUGAUUUCCUCAGCUCUCGUCUCCGUCGCAUCCUCGAUGAUCCUCGUCACGAUGAUCCUUACCUCACCAGACCACGAUUUCAAGAGAAAUUUGACUACGACGCUGACGCAGAUGUAUAUAUGCCCAAGGUAUUGGCUUUAUAUAUGCCACCUUCAGUUGAAUACAUAAUCAGUGUUCUUUCUGCAAUGAGAUGUGGAGAAGCCUUUUUGCCUUUAGAUACUUCAUGGCCAAGAGAAAGGGUAUUGUCUAUUAUUUCCUCUUCGAAUGUUGCUCUCGUUAUUGCUUGUGGCUCAUCUUUCGACGAAUUCGGGUGUAAGCCGCUAGAGAGAUCGCACUGGCUUGCGGAAAGCGUCGUCUGCCCUAUGUUAUUCUUUUCGAUGAGUGAAAGAUUGAGUGUGGAAACUAGUAGCUUAAGCUUUGUUUGGCCUUGUAAGAAAGAAAAUGAAAGGAAAAUUUGUUAUCUGAUGUACACUUCAGGAUCUUCUGGGAAGCCGAAAGGAGUAUGUGGCACUGAGCAAGGACUUUUAAAUCGCUUCCUGUGGAUGCAAGAGCACUAUCCUAUUGUUGGAAAGCAGCAAUUGGCUUUCAAGACUUCAGUUGGAUUUAUUGAUCAUCUGCAGGAAUUUCUUGGUGCUAUACUGAAUUCCACCCCAUUAGUCAUCCCUCCAUUUACUCUCCUAAAAGAGAAUAUGAUGUGCAUCCUUGAUUUUCUGGAGGCAUAUUCUAUCAGUAGGCUCCUAGCUGUCCCAUCGAUGAUCAGAGCUAUUCUUCCUACUUUACAGCAUCGUGGUUACAAUGAGCUCCAAAAUUGCCUGAAGCUGGUAAUUUUAAGUGGCGAACCCUUUCCCGUGAGCCUGUGGGAUUCACUUCACAACCUACUUCCUGAAACACGUUUUCUGAAUCUAUAUGGGAGUACAGAGGUAUCAGGGGACUGCACUUAUUUUGACUGCAGUGGGUUGCCAAAACUCUUGAAGACUGAGAAGAUUAGUACUGUUCCUAUUGGCAAGCCAAUUUCCAAUUGCAAAGUUGUACUUUUUGGUGACGAAGAUAAACCUUAUGAGGGAGAAAUAUGUGUUGGUGGUAUCUGUCUUUCGCAAGGAUACCUGCAUUCCUCCAUAGAGUCCCAAGGCUACGUGAAGCUACAUGAUAAGUCGCUCUGUAAUCAUCUGACCAAUGAUUGUGGAUGUCAGCUUCAUUAUAGAACUGGUGAUUACGGCAGAAAGCUUUCUAGCGGUGAUUUAAUUUUUAUCGGGAGAAGGGAUCGAACUAUUAAACUCAAUGGACAGCGCGUGGCCCUUGAAGAGAUUGAAACAACUCUGGAACUAAAUCCAGAUGUUUCUAAAGCUGUUGUUCUGCUUAACAGAGGCCAGACGGAGCUUGCUUCACUUGAGGCCUUUUUAGUACUGAACAAAGAAACCAAGUCCGAUGAAGGUAUCAUAUAUUCUGUCAGAAACUGGAUUAGCGAAAAGAUUUAUCCGGUGAUGAUUCCGAACCAUUUUGUUUUGGUGGAGUCUUUGCCAAGUACUUCAAAUGGGAAAGUUGAUUAUGAAGCACUAGCAAGGUUGAAAGGUCCUACAACACAUGCUCAAGCUAUGAUGCAUAGCAAUCGAACUAGUAGUUUAUUGGAAACUAUCAAAAAGGCCAUUUGUGAUGCAUUACUGGUCAAAGAAGUUUCAGACGAUGAUGAUUUCUUUGCGAUUGGUGGAGACUCUUUAGCCGCAGCGCAUGUUUCUCAUAGUCUUGGUAUUGAUAUGAGAUUGGUUUACCAAUUUCGAAGUCCAUCUAAGCUUUUGAUCUGUCUGUCAGAGAAGGAAGGGAGGUUAAGAGAAGAUAUGCAGCACAGCACAACUCUGAAGCUAGACCACAAGACAGCGAGUCAGAAUGGUAAUGAGUUUGUUAGUAGAACUGUUCCCCUUCAUUCUGGUGUUACAUCAGACCCACUUUCAAGAAUGCAGUGCGAGAAGAACAUCUCUGCAAAGCGAUUGAAAAUUGAUUCAGAACAGUUUUCUUCCAGAAUAAUGAAAGAUAUAAAAUCAUGGGGUUCAGGAUUUUCUCAAAUACAAUGUGCAUUCAGUCGGUGCAACAAGCUACAUUAUCCAAACUCAUGUAGUAAUGAAGAGGGAAAUCAAGAAAUCUGGUCGGUGGAGUUUCCAAGGAACCAGAUGGACUCUAUGCGAGAGUUAUGGAAAGUUCAUAUGGAGUCUUGUGUAGAUGCCUCGCCCCUAGUUGUGUUGAAGCAGUCAAAAACUUAUCUAUUUAUUGGGUCUCACUCACGUAAAUUUUUCUGCAUCGACGCGAAAAGUGGUUCAAUUUGUUGGGAGACCGUUCUAGAAGGAAGGGUCGAAGGUUCAGCCAUGGUAGUUGGUGACUUUUCUCAGGUCGUUAUUGGAUGCUACAAAGGAAAAUUUUAUUUCUUGGAUUUCUUUACCGGAAGCUUAUGUUGGACAUUCCAAGCAUGUGGUGAGAUAAAGUGCCAACCUGUUGUGGACACAUCUUCACAACUGAUAUGGUGCGGAUCACAUGACCACACUCUUUAUGCCCUUGACUAUAGGAGCCAAAGCUGUGUUUAUAAACUGCAGUGUGGUGGAAGCAUAUUUGCUUCACCUAUAAUUGACGAGGGUCAUAGAUCGCUUUACGUGGCUUCUACGAGUGGUCGUGUCAUAGCUGUAUCAAUAAAGGAUUCACCAUUCCACACCCUGUGGGCACUUGAACUAGAUGCACCAAUUUUUGGUUCCUUAUCCAUUAGCCCGACAAGCCAAAGCGUUAUUUGCUGCUUAGUUGAUGGCCAAGUUGUGGCAAUGAGUCCGUCUGGAACUGUUAUUUGGAGGUGCUCAAACCACUCAGUUAUUACAUCUAUGCAGUAUAGAACUGGUGGGCCAAUAUUUGCUGGGGCUUGCAUGUCGCAUGUGCUUCCUUCUCAGGUGCUCGUGUGCUGUAGAAAUGGAAGUGUUUAUUCACUAGAGCCGGAAUCUGGGUGUCUUCUGUGGGAAUACAAUAUCGGGGACCCGAUCACAGCAUCUGCAUACAUCGAUGAGAAUCUGCAUUUUGAAUCGUAUCGACUUCUUGCAUCAGACAGGCUGGUGUCUGUAUGCUCGAGCUCGGGAAGAGUCCAUGUCCUGCGUGUGAGAGCCAAUCUCAGCAGAGAUUCACAAGAACCAAAAGUAGUAGAAAUCACGAGGUUGGAAUUGCAGGCAGACAUAUUCUCUUCACCGGUGAUGAUCGGUGGCCGGAUUUUUGUUGGCUGCCGUGAUGACUAUGUACAUUGCCUCUCUCUUGAGACUUGCAGGUAGCAGAAGUUAGACUCUACAUACCUAUGGAUUAUGGAAGAACCGAUUCAAAGGAAAUUUAGAAAUUUAAAAGUCAUGGAAACUUUGUAUACAAAGUACGCUUUCUUGUAGUUUGUAGUUAACAAGUUGGUUAAAGAUAUCAAAUUCUAAAGAUUUUGAUUAGAAUAGUACUUGUAAAUGUAUGCUAGACCGGAAAAAAAAUCUAGAAAGGCGGAUCUUGUGGUGACUAAUGGAGAAGCUAAAUGACUUUCUGCUUCUGUAAAACUGUUGUAACCCAGACGAUAACUGAACUUGUGGAAGUGCAGC